UCCUCGACUACAGAAACAGUUCGCAGUAAGAGGUUUACCUGUUCUUAAACUAACCAGAGAAGCUGACGCCUUAAUCGUGGACUAUAGACACAUCUCCGUGAUUAUUCCUUGUGGAAAUAUAGCUAUUCCUUUACAAGACCUCCAAGACUAGCAUUUUGAUGUCACAUUCCCGAAGCAACUGAGCCCCGUCAGAGAAUCAGCAGACAUAAAGAUAGCCAAAGGAUUCUUCAUCUUCAGAGAGGCCAAAGAAUAAGGAAGAAGGGAGGUUUUGAAGCUGGAACACCCACCACCCUUAUUGAAUAAUGGUGACUUUUUGAGAGUGCGUUGAUCUCAGGUCAAGGCCUACAUGCCACUGUGAUCACCAAGAAGCGGACAAAGGAAAAAAUUUUUUUAAAAAAAUCAUAUUAAAAGGAGGUGCAAAUCUCAUCACUGAGAGACGAUCCCCUCACAAACUGAAUUCUGGGAAACAGAAUGCCAGCGAAGACGCCCAUGUACUUAAAGACUACCACACCCAAGCGGGGGAAGAAGCUCAAGCUGCGAGACGUCCUGUCCAGUGACAUGAUUAGCCCCCCGCUAGGGGACAUGCGCCACAGAGCCCAUGUCGGGCUGGAGGGAGAGGGUGACAUGUUCGGAGACGUAGGCUUUUUACAGGGCAAGAUGGACAUGUUGCCCGCCCUGAACGGCUUACCACGCUCCCACAGUAUGGAGAGGCAGCUGGAUGAAGCCUACCCCAUGAACGACAAAGGACCCAACCACUCUUGUAACAACCACCGCAAUCCCUACCACCAUUCCACCAGCCUGCUGAAGAGCACCAUCUCCAUGCCUGUGUUCAUCGCCCCCGAGCAGGCCCCUCCCAAGCCGCCUCGGCUCCACCUGGAGGACUCGACCCCCCCGUCCCAGCAGCAACAGCACCAACCUCAGCCGAACAACCAUAACCACAACGACCACAAUCAGCAGCGGCAUCACUCCAUGUCUUUGUGUGACCAGGGUGUCGGCUGCUACAUGGACCCCUGCCACGACCUUAGCUACUCUGCCUCCUUCAGGCACCUGGUGCCCUCCUCCGGCUCCUUCUCAGAGGUCUCCUCAGAGGACUCCAUGUCAGAGAGCUGUGGCCCCCUGGACCCUCAGAGGGGGCUGAGCCUGGAUUCAGACGCUGGCCUGAGCAAUGAGGACCUGGGGAGCGAGCGGAGUGAGUCGCCCACCGUGUGCCCUAGAUUCUCUCCCGGUGUCUCCCGCUCAGAGUCCCUGAUGGGCUUGGAUCUGGACCUGGGGCCAUCCAUCCUGGAGGACGUGCUGAGGAUCAUGGACCGCUACAAGAGUGUUGAUGACCGCUGUGAGUUGUGAGCAGAUGAGGGGAAAGGGGUUUAGACACUGCUGUGCAGAGAGGUGUCUGGGACACUUUUUUUUUUUACAAUCCUCCAUAUAGCCUAAUGAUGAUUGGGCUGGUCCAACAGACAGACAGACAGACAGAGGAUAGUGCCAGGACUGACAGGCUAAAAAGCCUGGGACUUAAGACGCUGUAAAUGUGGGACUAUAUAAUAUCUAGACUGGACAAACAGCAGCUUCAGAACCAACCAUUUGUCUUUUGAUAUUCAGAAUCACAAUGGGGGAGAGACAAUAAUUUCUCCCACCCAAAUGUUGUCUAAAUUUUCGCAGACUAUCAUUUUACAUGUUUUUCAUAAUUUCACUAUUGUUAGGGCACAUAAUUCAUACUUCACUAACUCUCUAAGUAAGCUCUGUAGUUUUGUGAUAGGAGGAAACGUAGUUGUCUGAAAAUACAAUUCAUGUACUUAAAAAGCCUGCAAAGUUUUUUUAUAUUUUUUAAAUGAAAUAUCAUAUUGCUGAUAUUCUUCCAGGAACACAUUUUUUAAAUUCUGUAUGUACAUCUGAUUGAAUUUUACUGUUCUAUGUCAGAACAAUAUGAUCAAGACUGGAGUGUGCUAUGUAUUAGUUUGCCAUCUAGUGGCAUAUGUAAGAAUUACACCCAAUUUGCAGCAGUUCUAGCAGGGCGAAAAGUGAGGUCAAAAUGUUGCUUUCUGGGGGCUAAAGUGCAUUAGAAUCAAAGUAUCAGAAAUGUGCAGCUUCUUCAAAAUCCUUUAAAUAUAGUGGGAUGACCAGAGAAGGUUUCUCUGUUCUUUUGUAACAGCUGUGCAAUUUGUGGACUUGAAUUGAAUCCUUCAGCAUUUUCUUCUAUUGCGUUGUUAAAUUACAGUGUAUCUCCAAUUGUUAUGUAUAUAACUGUAAUGUAUGAAAUAAAUAUGGCAAUUA